CAUGCCGCCAUUCUAGCCGGCCUCACAGCGCUCGGUAUUGGUUCAAUCCUCUACAGCCGGCGUCAUAAGUCUGCGGCAGCGACCGUUCAGUCUGGUAAUCAGACCAGCUCCGAUGACCCGUACCCCUUCCCAGCCGAAAUGUCUGAAGAGCAGAUCUCGCAGCUCCCAGUAGAAAAAGCCGUCCUCACUUCUGCUCCUAACGUCCCGCCGCCGAUCACCCGCAACCACCCCGUCCGCCUCGAAGUUGACCUGACAUCGACGGAAAAGACAUUCCAGCUGACUAGUCAAUACAAGUAUGAAGGGUGGACAUUCAACGAUACGGUCCCGGGCCCCUUCAUUCGCGCCCGAGUUGGUGACUUCAUAGAGCUCACAUUCUUCAACAAAGACAAAAGUGGACGACAACACAACAUCGACUCCCAUGCUUUCACGGGACCCGGCGGUGGCGCAGCCCUGACAACGACCGAGUCGGAUGGCGUCAAGAAAGCAAGGUUCCGACUCGUUAGCCCGGGGCUAUUCGUGUACCAUUGUGCUGCCAAUCCGGUACCGGUUCACAUUGCCGAAGGCAUGUACGGACUGAUCUAUGUCCAGCCCGAGAAGGACCUACCUCCCGUCGACAAGGAAUACUACGUCCUCCAAAGCGAGUUCUAUCACGAGCCACCCGAGAUUGGAGAUGACGGUCGUCCGAUCAACACAGUUGAAUUUUCUUACCCGAAUGCCAUGCGCGAAGAACCCAACGUGGUUGUUUUUAACGGAAGCGACACAGCCCUUACGAAAAAUCCGUUGACCGCAAAGACCGGCGAGACUAUUCGACUGUUUUUCGGAAAUGCCGGCCCUAACCUCACAAGCUCGUUCCAUGUCAUCGGAAGUCAUUUCCGAAAGGUGUACCGCGAUGGUGGAGUGGUCAGCCCUCCGGCCGAUAUCCUGUCGACUGUGUCGGUUCCCCCAGGUGGUGCGACGAUAACCGAUUUGCAAAUGAUUGUUCCCGGAACAUACACCCUUGUUGACCAUGCUAUAUUCCGACUGGAUAAAGGAUGCGUGGGAUAUCUGAAUGUGACAGGGAAGCAGAGGCCCGAUGUUUAUGGGAGCGAGGAGCCGCCAGCACCAUGUGUCGGGUGCAAAUUGCAUCCUUGAUAGAUAUACGUAUGUAUGAGAGUCGAAUAAAAGUGAAUCUCUUGGGUUGAAUCGCUGCUUCUUGGUUCGUUGUUCACAGACGCGGAGGAACCCUAACAGGGAACACAUCUGCAUGUUCGA